UAUUCAUUACGCGCUUAUCAUAUGCUUUCAUUGAGAUGUAAUGAAAAUUUUCACAUCAACACACUUUGAAGACAUUUAUGUUAUAUACAGAAAAUGAUGAUGAUUCUCUGGCACCACCAAUGGAUGAUGAACGCUAUGUACUUCCAGCAGGACAUGGUUCGCCAUAUUCCUACGACCCAACCUUUCAUGGACCAAUAGCUAGGAGGAGAUUUACAGAUGUGAUAUGCCUGAUAUUAUUUUUAGUGUUCAUACUGUUUUGGGUUGUUUUGGGCAUUUUUGGUUUCUUAAAUGGACAUCCCAAAAGAUUAUUGCAUCCAGCUGAUUAUACUGGCAAAGAAUGCGGAAUAGAGGAAUUAAGUGAUAAGAAGUUUCUUUACUAUUUCGAUAUCAUACAAUGCGCUAAAUUGGGUAUCUCAAUAAUCAAGGGAUGUCCUACUACACAAGUCUGCGUAGAAAGAUGUCCGAAUGUGACGAAAGUUGUAACUAUUUUUACUCAGGAUAAGAGCUGGUUGGUGUGCAAACCCGAUUUAGAUAUCAAUAUAAAACAGAGGAAUACCCCAAUAUAUUUAGUUCGAAUGGGAUAUUGUGCCCCAUAUGUCAUUUCGAGUAUUCCCUUAUUAGGAAGAUGCAUACCCACAGUGGACAAGGAUUUAAUCAACGUUUUAAUCCCGCAAGCCAAUGCUUUCACCAAUUAUACACAAAAGGAUUUCGUGAAUAGCACCAGACAACUAGCCAAAUAUUUAAAGGUCUACAAUAUAGGGCAGCAAAUAUUUCAAGACUUUAUGCAGUUCUGGUGGAUGUAUAUCUUCGGCUUAUUUUUUUCCAUGGCCGUAGCCUUGGUCUGGAUUAUUUUAAUGCGUUGGUUAGCUGGAUUUAUGGUGACCCUCAACUUUUUUAUCGUUGUCGGACUGUUGUCAUUUGGAAUUUACUUUUGCUUUGAUUCGUGGUAUCGGAUUAAGUACCCUAAUAAUGCAAAGCACAUAAAUAUUUUACCUUUAAAUAUGCAACCCGACGACAUAUUCGCCGAUAUUAUUAAAGAUAAGAAAGAUAUUGAAAAGACUUGGCUCAUAUUUGGUAUUAUACUUUCCAGCUUUUUAGUCUUAGUGAUCAUUCUAACUUUGAUAUUUUUAACUCGGCUGAGGAUAGCUAUAGCCCUGAUUCGAGAAGCCAGCAAAGCCAUAGCAGUUAUGCUCACGACGCUCUUUUGGCCAUUGAUCCCUUUCCUCUUACAAAUUUGCAUAAUCAUAUUUUGGGCUGCUCUUUGCAUCUGCUUAGCUUCGACUGGUUUCGCUUAUUAUCAAACUGUCAAUAUACCAGACUCCUGGAAUAGAACCUUGUACGCAUCCAAUCCCAGAUUACAGGAUAUAUAUGGACAAAAUAAUGGAGUUAUCUAUACAGCUAAUUUUACCCAAUGUGAUCCUCAGUUAUUUAAAAAACAACUCGACAAAAUGGGUAUUGAUCCGACCAAAACUUUAGCAGCCUGUCAGUUUGUAAAUUACGAACAGCACCCUUGGUACAUUUACAUGCAAAUUUUCAAUCUAUUCGGUUUGUUUUGGACUAUAUUCUUUGUUAACGCGCUGAAUCAGAUUACUCUGGCAGGGGCAUUUUCUAGCUAUUACUGGGCCCGCAACAAAAGGCGUGAUGUCCCCUUUUUCAUUAUGAUACGUUCUUUCAGCUUGGCUUGCAUAUAUCACGCUGGUUCGUUAGCUUUUGGUUCUCUCCUUCUAGCUAUCACGAAGAUGAUCAGAUUGUUUCUCGAGUACCUGAAAGAUAAAUGUGAAAAAUCUGGUAAUUCUGUGCUCAUUUGCCUUUUAAGGUGCAUUCGAUGUCUCUUUUGGAUCUUUGAAAAAUUCUUACGUUUUCUCAACAAAAACGCUUUCAUAAUGAUGGCUAUACAUGGGAAAAAUUUUUGUCAAUCGGCCGCUGAUGCGUUUUCGCUCCUCAUGAGAAACGUUAUCAGGGUAGUAGUAAUCAAUCAUACCACCGAUUUCUUAUUAUUUAUGGGACAACUCGUAGUUAUGGCUACCACAGGAUAUUUCUUUUACUUUUUGCACAACACUCAAUCCGAUGUUUCACAACUUUUACCUAAAUUCAGAGUUUGGCAGUUUUCCAUGGCGGUCCAGAUAAUUGGUGCAUAUUUUGUUUCGAGGAUAUUUUUCGGUGUAUACGAAAUGGCAGUGGAUACUCUUUUUCUGUGCUUCCUGGAAGAUUGCGAGAGGAAUGAUGGAAGUCCUCAAAAACCAUAUUAUAUGUCCAAAGAUCUUAAAAGAAUUCUUCAUAAAAAAAAUCAAAUCGUUCAAAGUUGAAUAUAUUCUCAUCAAACAUGUUUAAAGUCAUUAUAUCAUAUAAUAUAUUCAAUAUCAUACUCUUUGCCAAAGUUUCUAAAUAUCAUAUUUUUUUAAAUUUUGCAAAUAUUUUAUAUGUUUAAUUGAUCUCUUUUUUGAUAAACAACAUCGUAUCUAAUAUUUUAAAUAUUUUUUAGUCACGUUCGCGUUAGUUUACUCAUAUUUUUAUUUAGCUUAAAUUAACAAUCAUUUUAAGAUCUCUCCAUCUAUUAAAGGAACAAGCGGAUAAAUAAAAUAAGCAAAAUGUUUUCAAAUACCAAAAUAAUAGUUAAAUGUUAAAUGAUUGACAUUAUAAAAAUAAAAAAUAUUAUUUUAUAUUACAACUCUAGUCCUUUGAUGAGUUUUAUCUUUAGAUGAAAAAUCUUGUAAUUUAAUAUAAUGUUUAUUUGCAUUUUAAUUCAGUAUUUUUUAAAUUCAAUCAUAUUCGGGGACCCGGUCUAAUAUACAAUAUAUUGCGGAGCAUUUACAAAUAAUAUUUAUUAUAAAUCCUUUGAUUUUUAUUCAAUUUAAAUGUUCAUUUUAUCAAACAGUCUUUUAAAUUUAUAUUUUAAUUCUUUACUUUGUCAAAUGAAUAUACAUUUUUUUCAUAUUAAUAUAAUUUAUUAUAAAAAUUAAUUCAUAAUAUAAUAAAAGUUUUUUUAUGACAA